GGUGAAAUCACACGAUGCGUCAUAGGGCUGCGGAAUACAAAAUGCGUCAUUGAAGCAACCAAUCACCUCUAUUCCGCAUUUUGCCUUUAGAUGUUCUGAAAUAAUCCGGAUUAGAGAGUGCGUAUGUUUUAAACGUGCGUAGUGUUCUUAUAAUAAAUCGUUGUAUUUUGAGAGGUUAAAAUAAUUUGAUACUAAUUGAUACGAUGGAAUCGUAUAAUGUUGAAACGAAUGAAGCAAAUUUUAAUUAUUAUAAAUGCACAUAUUGCGGCUUUAUGCUACCAAAGAAGGACUAUAAUUAUUUAGAUCAUUCAUGCUUCGCAGAUAUAGAUGUUUCAAAAGAAGACAUUUUCGUUAACAAUUUUAAUUGUUUAUUUAGAGGUGCAGUAGAUACAGCUCAAGAGUCAAAGGAAGCUAGCAACAACGAUAGUAAGAAUGAUGAACAAUCUUGCUCAUCUAUUGGAAAAAAGACCCGAAACAAGGAGGAUAGAGCUUGGGCUGACUACGAUGAAUUGCUAAUAAAUGCUGUUAUGAAAAGGCCUUGUCUGUGGAAUCACAUUAUCCCGGUGAAAAAGAGAAGCACAUUAACUAUUAAAGAAGCAUGGCUUGAAGUUAAGAAGGAAAUAGAUGAUAAGUUCGAAGUGGAGGUAAUAAAAAAGCGUUGGAGAAACCUUCGUGACUCUUACAAGAAAGCUAGGAAUAAGGUUACCGAGUACAUACCCAGUGGUGCAGAAGCACCAGUAACCGAGAAAAAGAAAGAUGGCUUUCGAUACUAUGACCAAAUGGAAUUUUUGAAUGAUUCGACAAUUUCAAGGCCUUCUAAAAGUAACAUUUCGGAGAACACGUUACAUGCUCUCGAUCCCAGCGAAUUAAGUUCCAGUAACUCCAAUUUCAACAAACGUCUACUGGAGAAUGUAAGAGAUGAUGAGGAUAUAUCAGGAGUAAACUCAAGUGUGUUUUACCAGUUUUACCAGCUUCUCAGAACAUGUUAA